GGGCAGAGCGAGCUACGGCACCUCGCCGAGCACUAUGGCCCGCCUGCUGGUGCUGCUGGGCCCCGCGGGCAGGGUGGGCGCCCGGGUCCAGUCUCGCGCCUCCUGGCUCCUGGGCGCUGCCGCCCCCUGCGCCCCGCCAACGCUACUCCUGCCGCUGCUCCGGCCAGUGCCAGACGCCCGGCUGCUGCCGUGCGCGGCCUACGGGAACUACGGCGGCAGCCGCCAGGGUCUCCCCUUCUGUGUUUGUGCACAGGACCCCAGCAAAACCGCGGCCGCAGCAGUCCGCGACGUCAGCAGUGCAGAGGAGAAGAAGCAAAGCAAGGCACAGCAGCUGAGGAAGGUUUUCCAAGAAUACGGAGCUGUUGGUGUGUCCCUGCACAUUGGCAUCUCAUUAGUCUCCCUGGGCCUGUUUUACACAAUCGUUUCAAGCGGCGUGGACGUGUCUGCCAUCCUGCUCAAGCUCGGACUUAAGGAGUCGCUGGUCCAGUCAAAAGUGGCCACAGGUGCGAGCACCUUUGUGGUGGCCUACGCCAUCCACAAGCUGUUCGCGCCCGUGAGAAUCAGCAUGACCUUAGUUUCCGUGCCCUUCGUUGUCAGGUAUUUUCGGAAAGUGGGAUUUUUUAAACCUCCAGCUGCAAAGCUUUGAAGAGCUCUUCAACUGUGGGCCAGAAAGCCAAUUUCUUUUAAAUAACACCUUUCGGGUGGGUUGUAGGGUUGUAGGGUUUUGGUUGUUUUGUUCUUUGGUGAGGGUGGGGGGCCGGGCCACUUUCUAUGUUCUCAUGGAUGUUUUGCCAGCAAAAUUCAGGUGUUGGAAUAAUUGUAAUUUUUUUUUUCUUUAUAAAUUUUGUUAGUGCGCUUCAUCAUAGGGCUUGUAUACAUUAUCUAAAAUGUCAGCAAACCACCACAAAUGGGCCGUCACGGUAAACUGCUAGAUUGUGAAACGUCCCUCUGGAAGGUCGUUGGUGAGGGUCUUUCUGCAAAAGCCCCAGGGGUUCAUCUUUGUUCGGAUUCUUAAAGUGCAACCAACAAUUCAUGAAGCUAAUUUUAAAACCCCGCUUCCUGCAGUAUUUGUCGUCAGGCGGCCUGCGGUUUAAUAUGCAAUAUUCUGCAAAACAGCUGCCAGCGCUACAAUUAAUGAAGCAGAAUUUAAGACCUAACACUAUGUAAUGAGGACCCAAAGAAGCACCGACACCUUCACGUUCCUGACCCUUGUUUGAGGGGAAGAAAAACAAGUGUGUCUGGUGCGUUUCCUUGGUCCCCAAACCCCUUCACAUGGGGACGUAAUGGGGGCCUACCUCAGGUGGUUUUUCUCAAAUGUCACCAAAGUCGCUCAGGGUCAUUUUCUCCAUUUAGAUAAAAUGUGGAAACUUGUCCAAUAGUAAUGGCACCCCCUGGUGCCCGUGUCCUGAGAGGAAUGUGGCUACUGCACACCUGCAAAGCUGAGUCUUUGCCCUACGCGCUGAGUCUCAAACUUCAGACAUUUCAGAGCUGUCACAGUGUUUACAUUGUGGUGCUCCUUCUAUUUUUCAAUUAAGUUAAAAUCAUGUGCAGUUAAAAAAAAAAUUUUUUUUUUUUUUUUUUGGAAUCACUCUGAAAAGGGAAGUUGGUAGCACUUGCUAUAAAUGGAGGACAACUGUGAAGUACUAGGGGCCAGGAGGGCGGGCGGGACUGGCUUCCCCACGCCCUCCCUGUGGGGCGAGUGCGGUCUCGCGCCCCAGCUGCGCGCUCUGGGAGCCCAGUUUGACCAGUUCUGCCCUGCUGCCCAGCUCAGGGCAGCUCCUGGUGGUCUACUUCCUGGCUCCCCUUUUUUUUUGUUUGUUUCUUUUUUAAGUUUAAUUACAUUCGGGACAAACAAACUAAACCACAGACUAACGGUCCUAAUUUUCCGACCUGGCUGCUGACACUUCUCUAGUUAGCCGUCAGCGACCCAGGUCAGUCGCUUAAGUUUAAAAUCAUUAUGGGACAGAGUCCCCUCUUGCAAGUUCUCCAAAGUGGAUCUGAAUCUUUUUCCCCUUUUAAAGCAAUUGGCUCAUUGCCAAAAGGUUCUACCAGUAUCAAGGUGGAACUGCCUUUCUGGGAUCUAAGCUUAAGAGCAUCCACUCAGCUGAGCAAGAUGUGCGAUACCAGGGCGUGGCCAUUCCUCCUGUGGACAGACCAGCCUUUUCACCGGGCUGGUCUCCCUUUAAACCUUUGGCUUCGGGCUGCAAACCCCCUCCUUCAUCUGUGCCCCUACCGAACAGACCCCUGUAAUGCCUAUGCAAAAAAAGCUGACAGGACAGGUUUAAGGGCUUACGUCUUAAACUCUGUUUGGAGUGAUGCGAGUGGAUUGGAAGGGCAAAAGCAAUAAACGAAUCGCCCCAUCAAAUAGCCAGAGUCCCUUCUACACCCUGGCUUCACUCCCCUCCCCUCCCCUGCCCUCCCCUCCCCGGCCAGUGGCCAGGACCGCAGCGCUGGAGGGGAGCAACUCAAGGAACCAUUACCGCAGUUCACCAGCAAGGUGCGCGCACUGCUCGUAUUUUUAUGCAACUAGGAAUAAAAUGGAUAUCUAUUUUAAAACUGUAAAGCCACUGUUCACCUCUCAUUAUUCCUAUCUGACAAAAUGAGCAGCUUCAAUACUGUGAAACA